CCGUCACCGAGCUGGUGCCUGGGAACCAGGAAGCAACUACACCAUCUAGUGUCACAAUCAUUGCAAGUGGGGAAAUAAAGCGCCUAACACGAGAGGCUGAUUCGAUUUGGAAGCAGUUUGCUGAGGUGUUGGCAACAAAGUGUUUCAGCCCCUGCCUUCUGGGAUGGCUCUCUCCUGCUCACUGAGACUGAUACGCCUGCGCGCUUACUGGCCAGUGAGUCUGAAACAGGCGUCUUUGAGCACUGCACCAGAUGAGGACUGCAGACAGGUGGCAGGGAGGAAUGAAGCAACGAGGAAAAGGUGGAUGAAGGAGAAAAAGCCUAGACAGGGCUGCAGCUUGCCAGGCCUGGAGUCCUUCUGGGAAGAGAGGCUAACCAAUGUGGCAACUCCAUUGUGGAGAUUCCCCUAUGAAGAACAGCUGAAGGUGAAGUCUGAGAGUCAGAAGAAGGUGUUGCAGACACUGGCUUCUUGUCUGAGGGAGCUUGGUACAGACAAACUGGAAAUCACACAAAGGCCAGAUGGGCUUUGCUGUCCCCUCCAUUCUGUUGUCCCCUCUGUGAGUACUGGAGAGAAAUCUUUCAUGGGAAUGUCAGGAGAGCCCGUCAUUAAUGGCUACCGAAACAAAUCCACAUUUUCUGUGAACAAAGGACCUGAUGGGAACCCAAAAACUGUGGGGCUCUAUGUGGGAACUGGCAGAGCAAGGAAUAUUGUCUGUGUGCGAGCCAACCACCUGGAAAACAUACCCGAAAAACACAAACAAGUGGCCCAGUACUAUGAGGAAUUUCUUCAUCAGUCCCCACUGGAUCCCUGCCUCCUGUUUCACCAGGGUGGCCACUGGCGCGAGCUCAUAGUACGCACCAAUAGCAGUGGACACACCAUGGCCAUCAUCACCUUCCACCCCCAGGAUCUCAGUCAGGAGGAACUGUGUACUCAGAAAGCAUUGCUUAAGGACUUUUUUACUUGUGGGCCUGGAGCAGUCUGCAACCUGACCUCACUCUAUUUCCAAGAGAGCAUCAUGACUCGAAGUUCCCACCAGCAAUCCCCCUAUCAGCUCCUCUAUGGAGAACCAUACAUCUUUGAGGAGGUCCUGGGCUUGAAGUUCCGCAUCUCUCCAGAUGCCUUUUUCCAAAUCAACACAGCUGGGGCAGAAGUUCUGUACCAGACAGUUGGGAAAUUAAGCCGGGCUGAUAAGAACACUGUCCUUCUUGAUGUCUGCUGUGGAACUGGUGCCAUUGGUCUCUCUCUGGCUCACCAAGCAUCUAAGGUUGUUGGUGUCGAGGUGGUGGAGCAGGCUGUAGAGGAUGCCAGAUGGAAUGCAGCAUUCAAUGGGAUCUCAAACUGUGAGUUUCACAGUGGAAAGGCGGAGAUGGUGUUACCGCAGUUCCUGAUGUCGCGAGAGGAUGACCGGCUCCUUGUUGCAGUGGUAAACCCAUCCCGGGCUGGACUCCAUUAUCGUGUGGUGCAGGCCAUUCGAAACUGCGAGGCCAUCCUUACACUGAUCUAUGUUUCCUGCAAGCCUGAAGGAGAAGCCAUGAGGAACUUCCUUGAGUUUUGCUGCCCACCAGACUCUGGGAAGAAGCUUGUGGGAAAGCCUUUUGCCCCUCUAUUGGCUGUCCCGGUUGACAUGUUUCCCCACACUAUUCACUGUGAGCUGGUGAUGCUCUUAACUCGCUGAGGGGCCAUCCUGGUUUAUGUGUUUUCCUAAAAAACAGGACUUCAUAGCUUUAAAAGUUGAGGGUGAGAAAGAACUACAAAUAUUCAGAAAGCUGGAAUGGUCAUGGCUCUGAUUUAAUUUAUUCUUUUGAAAGUUGUAAAUUAAAACUCUUUUGGGAAUUCUCAGCCUGCCUCGCUGUGCUGUCCCUUGCAUAUCCUAUGAAGUAUGAAGCCAGUGUGCACUGAGAUUUUCUGUGUGAAAAGAUCCUCUAUUGUAGUUUCUCUUUCCCACUCAAACCCUAUCCCUUUUGCCAGGCUAUCAAAAUGGUUUAGACACUUCUUAACCCCCACUCUACUGUUCUGGGUUUUCAUGGGCAGGAUUUGGUGAAACUGCUUUAAAUAUACUAAAUACAAGUCAAAUCCUUUGUACUUUCAGUACUAUUGCCAUGUUAUUUAGAUAUCAUUGAACUAGGGCUGUCAAUUAAU